AUGAAGUUCUUCAGCGCCGCCGCUAUUGUGACCACCGGCCUCAUGGCUCAGGUGGCCCACGGUCACUACAUCUUCGAGUACCUUACCGCCAACGGCGAGAAGGGCGAAGCCUACCAGUACAUCCGCAAGAACACGAACAACAACUCGCCCGUGACGGACCUGGAGUCGAACGACUUGCGCUGCAAUGUUGGCGGCCUUGAUGGCUCCAGCACCGACACCGUCUCCGUCGCUGCGGGCAGCAACGUCGCCUUCACGGCCGACCAGGCUGUCUACCACCAGGGCCCCGUGUCCUUCUACAUGACCAAGGUCGAUGAUGCUAAGGCGGCCGACGGCAGCACGCCGUGGUUCAACAUCAAGAACAUUGGUCCCACGUUCACGGACGGCCAGGCCGAGUGGGACCUGGAGUCGUCGUACAACGUGACUAUCCCAGAGUGCGUGCCGGCGGGCGAGUACCUGCUGCGGAUCCAGCAGCUGGCCAUCCACAACCCGGGUGGUCUGCCGCAGUUCUACAUCUCGUGCGCGCAGGUCAAGGUCACGGGUGGCGGAUCAGGCACACCGAGCCCGACGGGCAAGAUCCCCGGCAUGUUCCACGAUACGGAUCCUGGCUACACGGCCAACAUCUACAACCAGUUCACCAACUACACGGUCCCGGGAACGGCGGUCUGGACGUGCUGA